UUCCAUUCGGUGACAGAUAAGAGAACCCAUGCAAAUGAAUGCGGAGAGAACAGCCUAACGAUAGUAUCAGAGAAGAGGAUAGAAGAUGACUCUUCAGAUUCGUCCAGCAGUGAAAAUGUAGAAAUCGAAGAUAAAUCCCUGUCUCUAGUCGACACUCCAUCAUUAUUGCAGUCGGGCGAGUCCCACGCGGCGCAGUGUACGUGUCCCAACUGUGACGAGGUGCUAUCACGCUUCUCUGAAUGCAGCAUAUGUUUAGAACCGUUGCAGAAAUGCCCAUGUGUGUGUCCAUGGUGUGGGGGUGUGUGGUGUGCGAGAUGUUCCCGGAGGAUGUCACGGUGUGCGUGGUGCAGGGGUACCCUCCGCGCUCCCGCAGCCCCCUGCCUCGCCCUACAGAGACUCGUCAAUGACCUUAUGCUGCCUUGCCGGAACUACAGACGUGGCUGCACAGAUCUGCUCACAGCAUCUACCAGGGUCAAACACGAAGAGGACUGCAAGUUCGACACGAUGUCGUGUCCAGUAACAGCCAACUGCUGUACAGUGCCAUUCGAAGAACUAUCGAACCAUCUGCAGACAUCGCACAACAUUAUCGCGGUGUAUUCACAGAAGAUCAAGAUACUAAUCGAAAACUUCCAGACCAAACUCAAGAAGACCGCGUGCUGUAGAACUAAAUAUAAAAUCAUCUUACUCCAUCAAAAGAGUGCGUUCAUAAUCAAAGUAUGCAUCUACAAUUACCACGUAAGAGUAGAAGUGAUGAGAAGAAAGCUCGGUUAUAUAGCAGAUAGUAAAACAGAGUCGAAGAAAAGCGAAUACUGUGCUCUAAUAGAGUUUCAAAGCAAAGCUUUAUGUACUAAAUCAGCUAUUCUUAUAGAGAAUGAAGCUUACGGCAAAAAAGCUGAAGUACAAUGGAAUGAUGUUAUCAUGAAAUCAGAAAACGAUGAAGCUAUAACAAUUCACGUGAACAUAAGUAAAUCAGAAGCGGACGUAUCUAAAAAAGAUUUCGUUGAAUCGUAA